AUGGCGGUCAAGUCUCUAGUUCUUCUCGGUGUCGUAAUAGCCUCGCUCCUGCUUCUCUCCCAGGAUGUAGCACAUGCUAGAGAGCUCAUUGAUGCUAAAGAGUCCAAGGAGAAGAAUGUAAAACCUGCAGGAGGGCCGGGCUUGAAGGACGAGAAAUGGGGAGGUGGAAGCAAGCAUUAUGGAGGGUAUGGGAAUGGUGGGGGGUACGGUAACGGUGGAGGGUAUGGAAACGGUGGUGGAUAUGGAAACAAUGGGGGAGGCUAUGGAAAUGGAGGGUACGGAAACAAUGGUGGAGGAUAUGGGAGUGGAGGUGGAUACCAACAUGGUGGAGGAUACGGAAACAAUGGUGGUGGGUAUGGUGGAGGAUAUGGAAAUUCUAGGCAUGGUGGCGGUUAUGGCGGUGGAGGUUAUGGACCCGGAUAUGGCGGCGGUUAUGGUUAUCCAGGCAACGGUGGUGGAUUUGGCGGGGGCUCUAGUGGAGGAUACGGUGGUGGCGGUGGAUACGGUGGAGGUGGAGGAUAUGGUGGCGGUGGCGGGUAUGGUGGAGGUGGCGGUUAUGGCGGAGGAUCAGGUGGUGCCGGCUAUCCUUGA